CCCCGGCGUCCUGAGUUUGCCUCUGAUUCCCCGCUUGGUUUCUGAGUGGCUGCAGUGCUGAUGUGUAAGAUCUAUUGAAGAAGAGCAAAUAUCUGCCUUCUUGUUGGACGAGUUGACCGCGAUGGACAACGUCACUGAGGUGAGAAGGGGAGGGGAGAAGCCACGUACCGACACGAGCGUACACAGCUGGAACUCCGCUGUCUUUGUGUGUGGUGCAGGCCGCAGACCAAUCUGCACACUCAGAUGCCUCCAAGACGGCAUCUGUCAGUGCCGCCAGCACCCCGAGCACCGCAACAACCGAUCCAUCGCCCAGGCGCCUCAUUGGCGAGCUGCUGGACAUCGGCGACGAGGUGCUCCAGGAGAGGGGCGAGGCGAACGGGGUGAUGGUGCUGGCUGUGGCCUAUCCCCUCGUGCUGCAUCGGCUGUGGGCCGAGAUUGCCAAGACGACGGCACCUGAGGAGCUCAUCCACGGUAAUGGGUACGGCACACAAACAUUGAUUGCACGUGUAGAUGGAAUGGUUGAGGAUGGCGAUGGACAUCGAUCUCUCCGUCUGCCUGCUUGUCUUUUCUGUCUGUCUGUGUGUGGGCUGCGGUGCGGCAGCACUGCACAGAAACUUUUUUGGCUUUGUGGUUUGGGAGAUGAGCGACGAGGAGCCGUCCAACAGUCACCGACACUGCCUUUACCUUCAUGUUUUCCCUGGUGAAUACGUACUGGAUGAAGGGAUCAAAGUAACAGAGUGUGGGUGGGUGUGGUGUGUAUGUCUAUGUGGUCAGACUGCCCGUCCGGUGGCUCCCUAGAGUUCCCGCACUGCCACAAGAGGAACUGGGUGGGUGGGUGGGCAGGAGAGAUCCAUGUCAUCCCAUCUGACCCAUAUAUCCUGCCUUGCUGGCUGGUGUUUCCAUGCAGGCGUCGUUGAACCUUACCGGCACCUACAAGCACAUCGUCUACACCCUCAGAGACCCAAUCACCGGUAGGCUCACACACACACACCCACACACACACACACAGAGCAACAAGGUGGCGUGGCGUGGAUCAGUGCAUCUAUUGAAGCGUGUGUGGCACAGGAGCCCCCAUGACGCCAGACGUGUCCAUUGCUCCAGAGUGUCCGACCCAGCACCUGACGCUCUUUGAGCACAAGGUUGAGGGCGGCAUCGACAAGAGGGGCCCCGUGCGUCUGGACGCCGUGCAGGAGUUCAUCUACCAGCCGGGCACUCUGCAGUACAUCAGGAAGGACGUGCCGCAUCGCUUAGACGAAUACGGUGGGCGGGCGGGCGGGUGUGUGUGGAGGUCGGGGGGAGGGGUUCGUGUGGUGUGGUCUGUGGUGUGAUGUCGUGGUUGUGGUUUGCAGCGGGCACCCUGAGCCUAAAUGUCCGCGAAAAUGGCGGCAACAUCAUCAACACCCUGUUCACCGUGCUGCACGGCAAACCCAUACCCAAGGUCUGUCUGUCUGAGAGCAACCAACUCCCAACAACUCUGACCACACCUCUCUCUCUCCCUCUCUCUCUCUCUCUCUGUGUGUGUGUGUGUGUGUGUGCUUGUCUUGGUCCAUGUGGCUGAAGGGUGCCAAGGCUAAUGAGCCCCUUGCUGGCGUCUCGGAGGUGAUUGACGUGUUGCGGCGUGUCGAGGAGCAGCUCGCCAGCACUCAGGAGGGCCGCAUCAGGGCCUUCACCGCCAUGGGUGGCGACCCGUUGCGAGUGGGUGACACUGUGCCCAUACAGGCGGCCUUCCUAUACGCCACACACGUCGUCAGCCGCUUCCACGACAGGUCGGUCAGCAGACCGACCAACACACACACAAGUGCUUCCCAUUCCGACGGCCAUAUGUUUGUCUGUCUGUGUGCAGGUACCCAUUGGCUGUGCCGCUGUGUCCGUCGAGCGAUGCGGUGCAGGUGGGUGUGGUGGAUGAGGCGGCCCUUAGGAUGCUGGUCGACGGCCGACAGCGAGUGGUGCCAGCCGCCAGGGUGCCACAGCAGGUCUGACCUGACGGAUAUGGGUCCAUUUAGAUGUGAGCAAAAUGCUCACAGGUUGAUGUAUGUCGAGUUUUGGCGAGUUGUGGAGGUCGGAGGGGUGGGCCUUGGUGCUGUG